GUUUUUGAUUGUUCUUAAACCUACAGUUCAAAGAUUCCCGAUCCAACAGAAAAUAAUCGAACCUUUUCCCUCUCUUUUGGUCGUUUUUGAAUUUGAAGAUGUUUUUUAAGCGGUAGAUCCCGAAAUUGACUGAACCGCAGUUGAGCAACAGGGGCACAUAUUUUUAUACCCAAAGAAAGAGGACGUACUGUUUCGCAAGGCUACUCUAGAUCCAAGCACGACAAGACGUGUAUUUGUCUCAUACCCAUGAUUUGUUUUUCACAAAUGUUAGCUGCGUUUCGAAGAUUUAGAUCUGCUCAUGUGCUGUGCUCCAGGAUCUAAAUCUGAAUCUAAACGGCGCAGCCAGCGAGGGUCGCAUUGUUAUCAACGAUGUUCUCCUGCCACUGUGAUCGCGCACGGACUGUUGACCACUGCUCAGCAGUAGGCUUGAUACGGAUCAACCGGAAGAUGAAGAUUCUUCAGUUCUUCGGAAUCCUCUAAAUCUGUCGACAAAACAAACCUGACGAGAUAAGAAUCAAAAUGAUCCAGUGAACGCACGAUGCUCCUGCUUCGCGAUGUGAUCCACUAAGCGAUCCGCUCUUUGUUUCCAUAAUUUUCGCACGAUAAGUAAACGAAAACGCUUUUCUUUUUUUUGUCUAAUCUCCUUUUCAAACCACCACCAUCCAGGGAACAACUUGAGUUAGUUACGGGUCGUGCUUCACAAGAUGGGGCAUAAGUCCAACCCGUACAAGAAGGCCCGCUCGGCCUUUCGCUGGAAGGUAUGACAGAUUUUGAUAAUAAUGUUGUUUGUCAUGCAUAAACCAGCUUAGGCAGCUGCAAAACUUCUUUUUGUAAAACUCAGUUGAUAGGUUGGUUCCUGUUUGUCCAGUAGAAUUCUAAAGGCGAAUUUAUCUGUCUUGCAAAACCCCAAUCCAAACUUCGAAUCACAAUACAGUGGAAGAAGAAGCGCACGCGCCGUUUGCAGAAGAAGAGGAGGAAGAUGCGUCAGCGCUCCAAGUAAGCGGCUUACCGGUUUGGGAUGCAGAUCGGGCUUGGAUAAUUUCCAGACCUGUCCUGGCUCUGCACCGCAAGCACCCGGUCGUGGACUGAUUGAGCAGGAAGCUCCUCCUUCUGUGCCUUCUUGUGACUAACUCCAAGUGACAACAAAAAGAAAAAACUUUAGAACUGCGACAAGUUUCACUGUAGUAGCUCUAAAAAAAAAAACAAGAAAGCGGCAGCUUUGAGUACCUGCGGGCAUCGAGCGAAUCUCGUUUGCUGGUUUCCGAGCUUCGCCAGUGAUGUUCGACGAAGUUGUUGUAGGAAGGAAAUCGUUCUUGGUUCAAAUACACACAGUGUUUUUUGCUGCAGAUCAUCCAACUCAAAUCUAGAAAUCUAAAAUUCCAUGUCUUGAUCAACUGGUAUUACAGGAUGAUCUCGCGAAAAACGAUCUUAAGUGCAAACAGCUCAGGAGGUAGAAACAGCUAGCAGUACUACCAUACCUUUCAUCGUCGAUAUGUUCGCACAGUCGGUCCGCUUCUAAAGCCGCGAUCUUGACGUAGUUCCGAUGUGCUGGAAAGAACCCUGCUCGAUCUUCCAAAAGGAUAGAUUUGAAGAUAAAGAAGCAGAACGUCGCUGGAGUUCCUUAAAUCUGAAAAAUCACGGGUGAGAUCCUCCGGCUGAGAACUUGUUCGGACACAAGAAUCAUGAUCUCCACGCCGUGCAAGUACUGUCAAUUCCGAAGUUGAGGGUCUAUUCCUGCCUUCCAAAUGAAAAUCUAAAUCCGCUGUUUCCAUCCUUGACCUUUCCCCAAAAACCUCCAUGGCAACUGUGUGUGUGAUCGAUUUGUACUAUUUGCUACAUUAUCAUCGUGAAUUUGCUACGUUAUCAUUUUCGCUUGUUAUGCUACUUCUCACGAUUAAAAAUCGAACAACCAUGGCUCAUAACUUCGUCCGGUCUGUCCAAUCACAGGGUUAAAGGCCGCUGCGGGAAGUCCUCGUCUACCAUGGGGCAUAAGUCGAACCCCUACAAGAAAGCGCGCUCCGCGUUCCGCUGGAAGGUAAAAUCGUGUUUCUUUUUUGUUUGUCCGUAAAAACGCCUCAGUAGCAAAAGCAAAGCUGCACUUUCAUCGCAUCACCGCCAUGAUUAUAGAUACGUAGCUGCUUAUCCCCCGUUGUAAAGAUGACAUUUGUUUUGCAAAAUUCACUGUGCGAAAUACUAUUGUCAAAAUUGAAAUUGAAAUAUCAUCACAGUGGAAGAAGAAGCGCACGCGCCGUUUGCAGAAGAAGAGGAGGAAGAUGCGUCAGCGCUCCAAGUAAACGACCUGCAAGCGCGGAGGUAGACUGUUCGUCACAAAGACAGCUUGUCAUGCUGUGGCUUUUGGUACACAGGUGAUCGAACACAAAAUGUUGACGUGUAGACUGAGUUGAGAACAAGCUUCCCAAGGUGAAACCACUUCAAUUUUUUAUGUUGAAGUCGGAUAGCAGCGAAUUCGAAGACCGGUACCUGGCAGUGCCGCGGGGCGCAUGCUCAUGCCAAUUAUCUCUUGCUUGUUCAUUUUUUAUGAAUCACCAGGAGGUGGUCCAACGUCAGUUAAGCGUCCUGACUACUUGUAUUAGAAAUUAAGCACUAGAUUAUAGGGAGCGAUACUGAGAUGAGAGUGAGAGGCCGGACGAC